GUAAAGGGUGUGAAGAAAAUAGUCAAAGCGUUCGUGCGGCUUGAAGUAGGGGGCCGAUACAUUUAUUACUUCCAAGUUCCGGCAGUUCCGGUUUGUACAAGUUUGUUGAGCUUGCUUGAGCCGCGUGUUUCGUGUUGUUGAGUUGAUGGAGGUUUGUUGACGAAGUGCAGUUGGGACAUUCAUUCGCGCUAUACAUGAACUAGGUCUAUAAAACAUGGCAGAGAUUUCAGAUAGCGCGAAUAAAAGGGAGCUAGAUGACGCCGAGCAGAGGGAAACUAAAAAAGUGAAGACGGACGAUAGUGGCGGUACAACCACGGCUGCGAAAUAUUUUCUCCCAUCCGAGAAAAAUGUUGGGAUCACCGAGUACAUCGGCAACCACAAGGGAUUUUCCGGUCAACUGAAACAGAGGUACUCGGAUUUUUUAGUCAACGAAGUAUCGCUCUCCGGCAAAGUCGUGCGGCUGACGUCGCUAGACCCACCGCCGGAAGAUGCAGCUGAGGAUACCACCUGGGCUGAGGAGGUCUUGCCACCCGAAACUAUGGAAGAGCUGAACGAGCUCGUUUCCGGAGAACGCACAGAGAAAGUCACCAUCGACGUGACGAGUAUGUCAAAGGAGGAGAGGCGGCAGGUGCAUGGACUGGUGAGGAAAAACUUCCCGGACCUGGACAGCGUCACGAAGGACCAGGAGGAGGGAGCGAAGAAGCUCAUUUUGGUGGAGAAGAAGGCUGGCCGUGCAACAGGUGCCGACGGUCUCCCCGUGCGGAAACCCAGGAAACGCAGAUACUGGCCUUUUGGCCGGGGGAACUACACAACGUUUGCCCUGUACAAGGAGAAUGCAGACACCAUGGAGGCAGUGAACAUGAUUGCCUCUGUUCUCAGGUUCAAGCCUUCAUGCUUUGCCUAUGCGGGCACCAAGGACAAGCGUGGCAAGACGUGCCAGCUGGUGUCUGUGUAUCGAGUGCCAGCACGGAAUCUGCUGGGGCUCAACAAGCGCAAUUGGGCACUGGUCAUCGGCAACGUCAGCUAUGAAGAGAAAGCCAUCAAGCUGGGAGACCUGCUGGGAAACCGCUUCGCCAUAAUUCUGCGAGAUGUUGUCGGCAGCAGGAGUGACAUUGAAGAGGCCGUCCAGUCUUUAUCGGAGAAGGGCUUCAUCAACUACUACGGGACGCAAAGAUUUGGGACGACGUCAGUGUCCACGCAGGAGAUUGGACGGGAACUCCUCAAGGGCAACUAUGAAGCGGCAGUGCACCUGGUGCUCAAGCCCAGAGAAGGAGGCAAUGCCCAGCUGAGUGCGUGCCGUGAAGAGUGGGCACGCUCCGGGGAUGCCCUCAAGGCUCUGUCCCUGCUGCAGCACAAGGGCUCCAUCGAAGGCCUCCUGCUCCAGGGGCUGCUGAAGAACGGACCCAAGGCCUUCGUCUGCGCCCUGCUCUCGAUACCCAGGAAUGUACGACUCAUGUACAUCCACGGCUACCAGAGCUACAUCUGGAACAAGGUGGUCUCCCGGAGGCUGCGCAAGUUUGGCCUGGCCGUGCUCGAAGGGGACUUGGUUGUCCCAGCAGACGUCCCCGGGGCCGUGCUCGAGUCCGAGGAAGGCAAGUUCAGCAAGCAGGCAGAGCCCACGGUGGUCAAGGACAUUGCAGCGGCGACUCUCGGGGAUGUGGUGCUGCCACUGCCCGGCUACAGUGUCAAGUACCCCAAAAACGAAAUUGCAGAGUGGUACAAAGAGAUGUUGGCAGAGGACGGCCUCACCCUCGACAGCUUCAACAACAAAAACAGGGCCUUUGCCAUGAGUGGAUGCUACCGGCACAUUGUCACAAUACCCCGGGACGUCACGUGGGAGGAAGUCACGUAUGAGGACCCUUCCAAGCCACUGCUUCUCAGCGACCUGGACGCAUUGCGAGGAAACACGCUUCCCGAACAGCCAGGUUCAGGCUCCCACCGAGGCCUGCGCAUGGAGUUCUCACUGCCGUCGUCCUGCUACGCUACCAUGGCCAUCCGAGAGCUGACCCGGUCGGACACCACCGCCUGGGCGGCCAAGGCACCCUGAUACGAGCGUCACCCGCGGCCUUUUUAAGAAAUAAACACUUUGGAAAGCA